GAAGCCAUCUCCAAGCACGUGCAGAGCAAGUCGGGUGGAGUCACCUUCUGCGAGGGCGACGGCCGCCCCAGUUUGGCUCUCAAGGCCUUGACGGUUUGGAAGCCCGAGCAGCCCGAGGAGGCCGAGGCCAGGAGCCGAAGAGAGUCCAAGGAAUGCCUCUUUGAGAAGCUCAGCCUCGACUUCGAGGAGGGAUGGAGGGUUCUCGUCCACGGGCCUUCCGGCGUGGGCAAGAGCACCCUUCUGCGUGCCAUUUCUGGGGCCUGGCCCUUUGCGGAGGGUGAGGUUUGGACACCCAAAAAAUCCUCUCCGCUGGUCUUCCCUGCAGAGGUCUAUGUGCCUGCGGGCCAGCUUCGCUCGGCGGUGUGCUACCCAUCGGCAGCUGGUGCUGAGGGUUUUGCAGAUGAGGAUGUUGAGCGGGCCUUGACCACGGUCGGUUUGGGCCAGUUUUUGGAAGAGCCGUCCUUGGACGCGGUGGAGGAUUGGGACAUGGUCCUGAGUUCCGGGCAAAAGGCCAGGGUCUCCUUGGCUCGGCUCUUGCUGAACAAGCCAAAGGUCGCCUGCCUUGACGAGCCCGUGGCGCACUUGCAGGAGUCUGCCAGGGCACCUCUCUUGGAGCAAGUCUUCCAGAAGCUCGACCCCGAGAGCGUCGUUCUCGUUGUCACGCAUGACUUGUCGCCGGACAUAGUCAAACUCUUCAACCGAGCUUUGCAUGUCGACCCGGCGAAGACGACGCUGUCACAGAGCUUUGCUUGA